ACCUUACCUUAUGAUCCUUUAUUUCAAAAUUUCGUUCCUAUCCAAAUUCCUAUCUCCAUAAACGUUUCCUAAGUCUUUAUCCUCUACAUUCAAAUCUACAUUUAAUGGCAAAUAUGCAAGUCGCAUGACGCCAAAGAGAAAAAAAAAAAAAAAAAAAAAAAAAAAAGUUUCGAUUCAAAUGGCACAUGUGUCGCACUUUUCCGUGUUUAUAUUCCUAAUUUAAGUUUAAAUAAGUGAUUUCCAGUGGGUUUUCUUUACCAGUUUGCUUAUAAUAUCAUAAAAUGAAUCAAAUAUUGCAAAAAAUUCGGGAUGUGGACGCAAAUAAGAGUGAUGCCGUGAAGGAGGCUUUAACGCCGUUCUUCGCAAAUUUGUUGAAGCAUAAGGAGACCGAUUGUAUUGCUUGGUUGCGUGCUCUCGCCAGUGUUAUUGACCGGUUCCCAAAAUACUGUAUUUCUAACAGACUCCAAAUAGAAACAUAUUUGAGUCACUUCUUGGACUGCACCAACUAUGGUAGGGCCGUUGAAGCAGCAAAAUGUGCACAUCUUUUGCAAAGGGUACGUCCAACCAAAGAGAAGGCAGCCACAGCCCAGUCAUGCUGGAGGGACCAGAUGUCGGCCCUCUGCAGCGCCGCUCACCUACUCCUCAAGAGUGUGUUCCCUCAUGCUAUUGAUAUUUAUGACAUGGAUAAACUACAGGAAAAACACCCAGCCACCACUCACUUUGUGACAACCCUAUCAGAGAUUGACUCAACUACCAAGGCAUAUAAUAAGCAAAACCUACUCUGCACUCGCCUUAAAAACGUGUUGAUCUUUAUACAGGCUAUGCUUGUUGAAAUAUACCCAGUGGCGAAGCCGAUCCGGCCUUCUGUGAUCUUAGACGUGGUAUUACGCGCGCUCAGUAUGUCCAGCAGUACUACAGGCAACGAGAAUCCGGAUGAGGUGCUUGUUGUCAAAACACAGGCUUUCAGGACCCUCGAUGCGCUUAUGGCCUGUUUGGGAUCCAAUCUCAUUCCGUACUCGCCGCUCAUCUUCAGAAUGACCAUGCAGACGUUGAAAUGGAGCACUGAUUUCCCUAGUAAUCAAUCAGGGAAAGCCCGCGUCGCAGCAUAUGAUAGCCUCGCGCGGUGGCUGAGCAUCCUCCACACACAUCGGCCGGCGCAGGACCGCGGCAAGUUGAGCUGGGAAAUGGAGUUGACCAACCACAUCCUUAACGACAUAACGCCGCCGAUACACCAUAUGGAGAUACAGAUGAACACUCAGUCAAUGAAGAAUCUGAGUAAAAAGGCAAAGAGGAUGCUGGCUAACUCGAUGUUACCAGGAAACGCAGUCACCGUCGCCAAGCCAGGCGAGAAAGAAAAGGUGAAACUUUCUGAGGAAGUGAGCGACGAGGUAGCCAUUGCAGCUCUGGAGUGUGCGGAGACCUUCCUCGACUCCUGUGGAAUAUUCUUGAAGCCAAAGACGUAUCAGAAAUUCCAAGAGGUCCUAGUGAAGCAGUGCUACACCCUAGCAGCGGUGCCGGCCGCGCGCCGCUUGUGGCUGCUGCGCGCGCUGGAGGCGGCGCGCAGGUCGGCGCCGCCCGCCGCGCCGCCGCACACGCAGCACUGCCUGCAGCUGUACAGCGCGCUCAGCGCCGCGCCACACACACAGAUUGCAAACUUCUGUUCCCGUGCGCUGCUCGACAUAAGAAUGCAUCUAUUCCAAUCGCCACCGCCUCUCAGCUUCGCACUAGAAACCCCAGCAGAGUCUCAAGAUGAAGAGCGACCAGAGAAGAGGAGACAAGUCUCCGAGAAGAAUAGGGCUGCUCUCGCUAGCUUUCUAGGAGCUGAUAGACUACCAAACCAAACGGAAGAAGCGCUAAUAACAAUACUAGAUGAACCAUCAAAUAAAAAGCGGAAAGUUGAAGAGGUGGAGGAGGAUAAAAUUAGUAUCAGCAGCGAAUCAGUCAAAUCUGUAGCGAUCAGUGACGAUUCUGAUGCAGUAUCCAGUGUUACGAAAGAAGUAAUAGUUGUUAUUGAAACUACUAAAGAAAGCAUUGUAGCGAAUGAUGAAGUAAGUGCAAUUGAAGAAACUGUCGUAGGAAAUAUAACUAAUGAUGAAAUAGACAGACAAGAUGAAGAAAUGGAACAAGUUAGUGCUAAUGUAAAGGUUAGCGAAGAUAUUCACAAUGAUGUAACGCAAGUGGAAAUAAAAGAUAAAGCUGACACAAUUUCUGAUGACAAAAUAGACUCGACACAGCCUGAACCAAUCUUAGAUGCUGUAAAUACAGUUACAACAAUACAUGAAGCUAAAACACAAAUGCCAUUAGAUAUGUCAAAUGAUGAUGAAGAAGAAACGCCUUUAUCAAUGGAAGUAGCGUACGACUAUCCAAAUUCAAAUGUCGAAAAAGUUACAGUGCUAGAAAAAUUAGAAGGAGACAACAUACCAAGUUCAAAUGAUACUGAUGAUGUACAAAUCACUUGCGGGCAAGAUGUAACCAUUUCCCUGGAAGUAGAAUUGGAAAAGAAAUCAGGUGAUCCCAAAAUCGUGGAUAUCAAAGUCAAUGGCAAUACUUCUCCAGAGAAACCUUUACAAAAUGGCGAUGUGACUGAAAAUGCAGUUGUCGUCAAAGAUGUGACGGUGGAAGAUAUGUUAGCAGACUUUGUUGAUGAAGUCAAUGACGACACUCAAGCCACGACAGCUUAAACUCUAGUCUAUUUUCGUGGCCAUAAAGUGAAAACCACGUAAGCGUCUUUUUGAAAAAUCACAUCCGGGUGUAAUUUUUGUUACCAAAACCUCGCAAUAGACACGCGAAUUCAAUCCAGGUAAAAAUACAUGGUUUCAGUUUUUACCCGGAAAUAAAUUAAUUUAAUGAAAUUCACUGUUUAAAAAGCCGCUUACGUGUUCUUACUUCCCUAUAAGGCGACGAUUUGUAAAGUGUUUGUUUGUAUAUUUCAAUGUUAUAAUUUGUGCGGUGGCAUUUAAAACUGUAUUUAAUAUACUUUAGAACCCUGUCGCAUUUACAUAUUUGACAGUGUUAUUAAACUUUAUCCAAACAAAUGACG